AUGUUUAUAAAGCCAAGAGUGCAGCCGGAGCCCGAGUUAAACGAUAAAACGCUGCGGGAUCCACAUCCUGCCAAAGGCGGCACAAAGCAAAAGGCUAAUAGCAGCCGCUGGCCACGGAUUAUGGGCGUGCUCUAUGUGUACACAAUUAUGUCUCUUAUGGUCGUCAAGGUCGCAUCAACAGCAGCCUUAUAUCAACAACAACAGCAGCAGCAGCAACAGCAGCAAUUACCCAACUACAUCGAGGGCCAGACGCUGUCGGAGACAACGCCCAGCACUGAAAGUGACGACAGCUCGAGACAAGCGGCGGAACGUUUAAACAUUGAGAAGAUGCGUGCCAAGUUACAGCAAUUGCAGCACGAGCAGCAGCAGCAAUAUCGUCUGCAGCAGCAGCAGAUGCAGCUGCAUCUACAGCAAAUGCAACAGCAGCUGCACCUGCAUGGCAACGAUGUGGAGGAUCUGGAGGCAGAGAGCGGCACAGGUGGUGGUGGUGUUGGUGGUGUUGCUGCUGGCGAAACUGCCUACUUAUUGGAGCUUGCCGACGACGUUGCGCCCAUUUACGGAACAUGGCGCACGAAAGCGAGACGACCCCAGCCGCCAGGCGGCAACGCGCUGCAGCACGCAAUGCCUGCCGAUGGCGACGCCAACGAUAAUCAUCUGUAUGAGCGGCUGCCUAAGCGAUCCGUCACCAUGACGCCGCUGCGUGAUGUUUUGCGCGAUCAGCUGCCCCGCCCACCGCGUCUCUCCACCCAGCGACCGCCCUCGUCGGCAGCGUUGCUAAGGCGCCAAUACUCCGAGACGCCAGGCUCUUUGGCUAUGCGCGAUGAUUUCAAACCGAAGCCGUUUCACUUUCCCUUCGACGGUCCGUUGCCGGAGCAGUUCAAGAAGGGCGAGGCGGAGCGCCUGAACAACAUCCAGGACAUAUUGCACAAUAUGCACAUCAAUAAUCCGUUGCCCAGCAAGAUGCCCGGGCUGGUGAUGAUGCCCACAGGUCUGCACAUUGCGGGCAGCUAUAAGAACCUGAAGGCCAGUGGCAUAGCUAACUUCUUUCGGGGCAAGCGCAGCAAGAAGCAGAUGCAGUUUAGCAUUCCGCUGCCCAUGUUUCCCAUGGGCAUGCCGAUGUCCAUGUAUCCAGGUGCUCCACAUCAACGUGUAGCCAUCGAUCAGUUGUAUCCGUAUAAGCCACGCUCUCCACAGGACAUCAAUUUGCUGGCACUGCAGCAGGCUCCAGCUAGCAAGCCCAACUCCAAGAAGAAGCACAAGAAGCAGCUGAAGCAACAGCAGCCGCAAGAACAGACCAACUACAACAUGUUGCUGGAGCACGGCAGCCAGCAACACUACUUGGUCGAUCCCUUUCUGCAGAGCUUCCCACCCAUCAUAGCGCUAAAUGCAACGCGUCAGCCACAGCACAAGCGUAUACCCUUCAAAGUGAACCUGGAUAUCUAUCCGGUGCUGCCACCCUCUAGACCCACCUCCGUUCUGCGCAAUCCCUAUCAGAGCGACUAUGCAGUGCCCACUGCUAGCGUGCUGGCUGCCUCGCCUGGUUCCAUCUAUGCACAGCCGCAUCUGCAUCAGAGUCUGUACCAGACGCCUUUCAAGUUUCCCACACAGCCGCCCAGUCACCUGCCCAUGAUCUUUCCCGAUCAGUCCAUACGCUAUAGCCAGCAGCAGGCGAUCUUUCAGUCGCCCAAGUUCGCGCCGCAGUCUCAGCAGAACGAUGACUGCAUCUAUGGCCCCUCCAUGACCACUAGCAAUGGCAAUGGCAACGCCAAUAGUGGAGCUGUUGACACAAGCAACAAUCAAAUAAUGCUGCAUCUGAAUGUCUUUCCCAAGCAAAAGCCUUCGCCAGCGGUGCGCGCUUCCACCAAUCCCUUUUACAAUCACAAUUUUUCGGGCUUGCAGCGUAAUACUUUCAGCGCCAGCGAACGCGAGCAGCCACUACCCAAGCCGCCAAGUCCUAUCGAACCACGACAGGUGGCUGCCACACAGUCGCAGGCUGCCAACAGCUCGCUGUCUGCAUCAGCUCAGCCACAGCAGCAGCAGCAGAACCACACUCAACAACAACAACAGCAACAACAACAACAACAGCAACAACAACAGCAACAACAGCAACAACAGCAACAACAGCAACAACAGCAACACCAGCAGCAGCAGCAGCAACCGGUAAAUCAUUCGAUUUCACGCAGCGACAAUCUCUCGCUCAUUGACUUUGAGCAUCCCAUUGUGGCAGCCGAGGUGCCGCAGCUGCCCCACUUGCCGAGUCCUGCUGCACUCACCGGCCACCCAGGUUUGUCCUCCAAUCAUGGUCGCUAUAGCGUCCAAGGUGAACACAUACGCUAUCACAAGAAUCCGCACAUCGACCAGUUGGCUGCCGAGGCACAAACAGCUUCGCUCUUUCGCUUUCCCGUCGAGGAUCUGAUACAGUUUCAGGUGGAUGAUGCGCUCUAA